ACAAUCGAAGCAAGAGGCGGACGCGGAAAGCUGAAACAGGAUCAUUUUUUUUUUUUUUUUUCGCCGCACAACCGGCAUGUAAAUAAAAACUAAAACGCUUUUAAUGAAUCAAACUACAUUCCGUUUAAUGUUAGGAACAGCUUGUUUAAAUGCGGCGGAGCUGCGCGGCACUUUGACAUUAGUGAACGAGCUUGUCGACAAGUGGUUAAAGUGUGCUUUAAUAUGAAAGUGUUAAAAAUGUCUCUUUGUCCGGUUGUGCGGUUUUUUGUAGUUAUUUUAAUUUAUCGAGUCACUGACGCCAAGAAAGAUUUGAAAAGCGCCUGUUCUACCUGCCAACAAAUCACCGAAAACUUCAGCAAGGGAUUCGACAGAACGGCUAAUCAAAACUUUGGUGGAGGCAACACCGCCUGGGAAGAGAGGAAACUGUCGAAAUACGAGACGAGUGAAAUUCGUCUGAUGGAGAUCGUGGAGGGUUUGUGUGAGACCAGCAGCUUUGAGUGUAACCACAUGGUAGAGGAACACGAGGAGCUCUUUGAGAUGUGGUGGUUCAAAAUGAAAACACAACAUCCUGAUCUACAUAAGUGGUUCUGCAUUGAGACCAUUAAAGUGUGCUGUCCAAAGGGAACUUUUGGACCUGACUGCAAUGACUGUGUUGGGGAUUCUGAGCGACCCUGUCAUGGAAACGGGCAGUGUGAUGGCGACGGGACGCGCGGCGGGGACGGAAAGUGCAGCUGUAACCACGGUUACAAAGGGGAGCUCUGCCUGGACUGCAUCGACGGUUAUUUUAACGAAGUGAGGAACGACACCUUCUCACUAUGCACAGAAUGCCACGUGUCCUGUAAGACGUGCAAUGGAGCAACAAAUCAGGACUGUGACGAGUGCAAGGAAGGCUGGGAGGAGGAUGACCAGGAAGCUUGUGUCGAUGUGGACGAAUGCGCCAAAGAUCCUUCACCGUGUGAACAUGACCAGUAUUGCCUCAACACAAACGGCUCCUUUUAUUGCAAAGCUUGUGACGUAGCAUGUUCCGGCUGCACUGGAGGCCGCCCCGAUCAGUGCCAGGCUUGUGCCAGUGGCUACCAAGACACAGAGGGCACGUGCACAGAUGUCGACGAGUGUUCCCAGCAGGAGUCGCCGUGUCCGAAGGACCACCAGGAAUGUAUCAACACUCAAAGCAGCUAUGUGUGCAUCUGCGCCAGCGGUUUCAAGGAGGAAGACGGCGAGUGUAUCCCGACGCCACAUUCAGGUGACGAAGAACAAGAGGAGGCGCCAGAAGCUUCCGAGUCAGAUCCACACGGAGAACUUUGAUGUCACAGGUUGGACCAAUAGGAGUGAAGAAGGAUGUGGCACAUUUCAAUGUCUGAAGCUGCUUAUUUACUUCUCAAACUGUUGACGACAUGCACCAGUGUCCCAUCUGCACUUAAAAACCAAUAAAAGCCUGUGAGGACGGUGUGUUCCCCCAGCGGAUCAUCAGUGGACUAAAGGAUUGGAAAAAGACAGCGGAUGCUCUGAGUUGUCGUUGUUGUUUUUCUUCUCUUGCUCCCUUUCUGGUUUUAUAAUUAAGUUGACUCAAUAAAAGUUGGUGUUAAAUUGAAAAUGGAA